AUGACUUAUGACAGAAGAGAGCUUGGGAUUGGAGCAGGAAUUUGGGUGUCUGCAAUAAUUCUUGUGUUUGCAACAUUUCUUGCGUUGUGGAAUAUCUAUGAUCAUUAUAAGCAUAUGUAUUAUCCUCAAGCUCAAAAAAUCCUUAUGGUUAUUUUGACAGCGCCAAUUUUGAUUGGUUGGCCUAGUAGGGUCGCAUACUUAAAAAUUGCGAGGAGAGCUGGUCUAUCAUCUUAGAACCUGUAGCCAGACAGGAGCCUGAGGACCUUAUGGAAGGGAGAGUAGCGUUAGGUAAGAGUGUCCGGCCAGAUUUACUUGAUCUGGUGAACAGCAUUGUAGGGUUGACCGACCGCAGGCUUAUAUCUAAAGGCAAGAUUUUACCUCGAGGGACGAUGAACUGGAAAAUUGAACGGAUAGCUCAGCAAGCGAGGGGCGUUUGCUUGGCCAAUCAGGCAAUUUCCCAACGCGCGAUUCCAGGAGUUUCGUGAUAGCCUGACCAGAAAAUUCACUUUUGAAUUUUCGGAAAAAGCAACCCCGUUGACAAACAGCUAGGUCGCCCAGCGUCGUUACCUAUGAGUUGCUCGUCCGGAGAAAGCAACACAUACCUUCAGGUCACGCAAUCGAACCGGCAAGCAAGGGGGCGAGCUACACAAGGGACAUGAAAAUUCAGCAUAGUUUCCGUACUCUAUAGUAAUCCAAGUUCAAUUAACUUAAGUUAAGGCCUAGUUGGGUCAUAGUUCUAGUAGGAGAAGAUGUAGGAAUUCUUGAAGUUGUGACUGAUAUUGUGAAUUCUGACUUUAAUUAAUAUAAAUAUUUUUAUCAAACGUUUAUUUUGGCCUAAAAAUAGCCAAAAACCCUAUAGACUACGCAGCCAAUUUAUUUAAUUAAUAUUGUGAAAUCAGUGAUGAUUAUUCUUUUCGUAGAAUAUACUCUAAGACUGAUCGGAUGGAGAAUUGACAGCACAGGCUCUCACUAUGACUAUGAAAAAGUUGAAUCCUCAUUUACUCAGCUUGAAAAUGGUACUCAUCUUUGCCCUUGUUUUGGAAAAAUCCCUCUAAAAACCCCAGAAGAUGUCAAAAUUUUUAUAUGGAGGGUCAGAUUUGCAGGAAUUCAAUAUGGCAUAGUUUUUUUCUUUGCUGCGAUUGCUGCGACUCUUCUGCUGACUGUAGAUGGAGAUAAUUAUCAUUAUGGAGAACUUGACCCUCAGUAUGGGUAUUUUUGGGGAUUAUAUGUCAUUUCCAGGGGAAAAUACUCUCUUGAAUUCAUUUCUGAGGCAUAUUUAGAUGAAAAUUAUUUCUAACUAAAAAUUUGGUCGAAAAAUAACGGUUUUUGCAGCAAAUUUCCCUGAAGAAUAAAAAGAAACGCCAAGAAACUGUCUGUCAGCAAAAAUAAAGACCAUCGAUUUUUGGAUUAAUAUGAUUAAAAUCGUUGUCAGUGCAAUUGCAAUGUAUAUUUUUCCAUAUAAACCCAUUACAAAAACUUAUUAGAACAGCUUAUAGUCUAUUUACAAGAUUUAUUAUACCAUUUAUUGCUUUAUUUAACAAAUGUUCAUAAAAUUCAUGAACUAAAACAUAUGAAUGUUAACCCGAAGUUUAUGGCAGUCAAGAUUGCUUUCAUUGGGACACAAAUCCAGCCUACCUUUAUAGGCUUUUUAGCUGACUGGGGUGCUAUAGCAGACACUGAUGAAUACGACGUAGACCAAAUUACAAGCUACACCACUUAUUUACUUCUAAGUAUCGAAAUGAUCAUUUUUGCGUUUGUGCAAGGAUUGAUAUUCCCACCUAGAGAAUAUAAAUAUAAAUACAGCAAGAAAUCAGUGGAUUCCGAGAAAGAGCCAUUGGUUUCUGCUGAUAACCAAUAA